AUGGCUCCACUUACCGGUUUGGCACGCGGUAUCCUGGCCGGCGAGAGCCCCCCUUGCGUGGCAUUCCGCUUUCCUUCGCCCAAGCCGCGCACCUCCGCCUUUGAGCGAGCGCUGCCUGAUUUGGAGACGCCAGCAGCCAUGAGCGACCUGCAGAUGGUGGUGGGCGCCAAGUGCUUCGUGCCGGACGAGACGCACGUGUGGCUCGCGGCCGAGGUGCUGCGCGACGAGAACUCGGGCGACGGCAAGACGCGCAACAUCUACUGCAAGGUGGAGCUGCCCGACGGCGAGACCGAGGAGCGAUGCGUGGACAUGCUGUCCAAGAAGACCAAGGCGCUGCUGGCCGUGCACCAGCUCGAGUCGCUGCCCUACCAGAACGAGAACGUCGGGCCCGAGGGCAUCGAGGACAUGAUCACGCUCAACUACCUGCACGAGGCCGCCAUCCUGUACAACGUCAAGAAGCGCUUCCUCUGCGAGCUGCCCUACACGUACACGGGCGACAUCUGUAUCGCCGUGAACCCGUACAAGUGGCUCCCGGACCUCUACGCGGAGGAGCAGCACCUGCGCUACCUCAACCAGCCCAAGGAGGAGCUGCCCCCGCACGUGUACGCCACCUCCGUGGCGGCCUACGACAACAUGCGUCGCUCGGAGCGCAACCAGUCCAUCCUGCUGCUGGACUCGGACAUUGCCCCCGAGCUGCAGUUGGAGGCGGGCAAGCACUACGUGUACACGGGCGACAACACGGCGCAGAAGAUCGAGGGACUCUCGGACGCCAAACACUUCAACAAGACGCGCGAGGCGCUGGGGCUCGUCGGCCUGUCGCCCGAUGACCAGCGGCCGCUGUUUGAGGUGCUGGCUGGUGUGCUGCACCUUGGUGAGGUGCAGUUACAGUCCGACCCGUCUGACGAUGAGAAGUCUCUGAUCGUUGAAGGCGACACUGGCGCUAACUCUGCUACUCAGAUGCUUGGCGUUACCUGGGAGGCCCUUCAGACGGCUCUGUGUUCGCGUACCAUGCGCGCUGUGAACGAUGUCUACAGCGUGCCUCUUAAGAAGGAGCUGGCCAUGGACUGCCGUGACGCUCUUGCCAAGGCUAUCUACUCCAAUGUGUUCGACUGGCUCGUGGCCACGAUUAACCAGUCGCUCGCGGACGACGCGAACAUGGCCAACCACGUGGGUGUGCUUGAUAUCUUCGGUUUCGAGCACUUCAAGCACAACUCGUUCGAGCAGUUCUGCAUUAACUACGCCAACGAGAAGCUUCAGCAGAAGUUCACCCAGGACGUGUUCAAGACCGUGCAGAUCGAGUACGAGGAGGAAGGCAUUGUUUGGGACCACAUCGAGUACGCGGAUAACCAGGAUGUGCUGACCGUGAUCGAGUCGCGCAUGGGUAUCAUUUCGCUGCUGAACGAAGAAGUGAUGCGUCCGAAGGGAAACGAGGAGUCCUUCAUGUCCAAGGUUACUUCCCUGCACAAGGAUGACAUGGCGCACGUCAUUGAGUUCCCUCGCACGUCGCGCACCGAGUUCCUCAUCAAGCACUACGCCGCUCCGGUCAUGUACGAUUCGGUGGGUUUCCUGGAGAAGCACAAGGACUCGCUGCUUCCCGAUCUCUCCGAGCUCAUGCGUGGUUCGUCGAAGCCGUUUAUUGCCAAGCUCUUCGAACCGAAGCCCGCGCCUAAGGAAGCUGCUACUGAGGCGGCUGGAGGACGCCGGAAGCGUGGAGGUGCUCUGUCCAUCACGACUGUCGGCACCCAGUUCAAGGAGAGUCUGACGGAACUGAUGGCUACGAUCAACUCGACGCGUGUGCACUAUGUGCGUUGCAUUAAGCCGAACCCGAUCAAGAGUGCGACGGUCAUGGACCAGAACAUGGUGGUGUCCCAGUUGCGUUGCGCUGGUGUCAUUGAAGCCAUUCGUAUCUCGCGCGCUGCGUACCCGAACCGAUUGCAGCACACUGAAAUCCUGGACAAGUUCUGGUUGUUCGUGCCAAGUGGCGGUGAGACUGCGGCGGAAAAGUGCCAGCUGCUCAUGGACAAGCUGAAGCUUGAGACGCCCGUGCAGUACCAGAUGGGUAAGACUCGUGUAUACUUCCAGCUUGGUGUCCUUGAAGAGCUUGAGGACCGUCGCAAGAAGUUCUUGGAUGCCAAGGCCACGUACCUGCAGAACAUCAUGCUUGGUUUCACACAGCGUAUCAAGUACCUCCGACAACUGGAAGCGAUCAUCAAGUUGCAGUCAGUGAUCCGGUGCGUGAUCGCCAUGCGGAGAUACAACACGUUCAUGAACGGCCUUGUGAAGGCUCAAGCUCACUGGCGAGGCAUUCAGGGCCGCAAGGUGGCGGCCGAUGUCAAGAGCAACCACAACGCUGUCAUCAUCCAGCGGUAUGUGCGUGGUUUCGUCAAGCGUCACCGCUACGUUAAGAUGCGCGCGAUGGUUAUCCGUGUGCAGGCCGUGGUUCGUAUGACGAUUCAGCGGCCCAAGUACCUGGCCGCCCUCGAGGAGAAACGCCGUGAGGCUGACAUGGCUUAUCAGCUGCAGAAGCUCAAGGCAGCUUUGCAAGAGGAACAGGAGCGGAAUGCGCAGCUGCAGCGUCGUAGUAGUGUAGUGACGGCCGACACAUCCGCUGCCUCGAGCGAGGUUAUGGCUGACGCUGGUGGCAUGAUCGAGACCCUGACGGGUGAGAACAAGAAGCUGCGCGAGAAGAACGAGGAGAUGAAGGUUACGAUGAAGGGCUUGAAGGCGGAGAUCGAGAAGUUCAAGAGCGACAAGGAGUUCUCGUCUGCUGGCAACCACGUCAAGGUCCGCCAGCUGCAGGACACCGUGCGUGACAAGGAAAAGAAGAUAUCGCAGCUCGAGGCCGAAAACAAGAAGCUGACGGAGCAGAUCGCCAAGCUUCACGCUGAGGGUGUCGUGCCCGACAAGAAGUCGAUCCCGAAGAAGUCGAUCUUCCGCACUCUUGGCUCCAAAAAGGAGAAGAAGCCGCGCGAGACCGUGCUGAUGGACUCGCUCACGGGCUCGGACGACCUCAACCGCCGUUCUUCGGAGGCGCGGAUGUCUGAGCGCCACUUCCCGCGCAUGCCGAGCAUGAGCGUGGGCUCGCGCUUCUGGAACUCGAAUAAGAAGGGCGACAACGGCGAUGGCUUCGACGUGUCGGAGGUUGACGGUGAGGAUAGCCCCACGAACAGCAGCACCACGCGCAACACGAUCGUGAAGAGCAUGGAGGUGGGUGUCACGGGCGCCAUGUCGACUCUGAAGGGACGCAUGUCGGUCGUGAAGGGCAUGUACGAUUCUCGGAGCAAGCGCACGAACAGCAAGCCUGAGGAGGCGACGACGACGACCUCGUCCGAGAACGGCGCAUCGACGACCGUCGUGACCUCGAAGUCUGCAAAGGUGAAGCCGGCGGCUAAGCCGGCGGACCGCCCCGUGCGCGAGUCGUUCAACCUGGACGCGCUGCCGGAGGUCUCUCUCCCCGUCGGCUGGGAGGCCAAGGUGUCGCGCUCUACAGGCCGCGUGUACUACGUGAACCGUAAGCUCGGCAAGUCCCAGUUCGAGCGCCCCACGCUGGCCUCGCUCAAGGCGCAGAAGCUGGCGCGCCAGAAGUCGGCUAACGCGCUGUAAGUAGACGAAGAUGCGCCAGGGAGUGUUUUCCCUCAAGUAGUGCUAGUUUUCAUGCUAAUAAACAUAUCCACGUGCAUGUAGACUCGAAUGUACAGCACAUGAAGUUGACU